GGACCAUCGUUGGAAAACUUCGAACCUGGGUACAAGCUGGUGAAAUGGGCUUUCAUAAACGAUUCGUUGGCCUUACGCGUCUCGAAAUGGUCCGGAAUAGUGACAUCCGGAAGAGCCUUGGAAUACAGCCUUUGCAUCUCCAGAUUGAGAAGUCACAGCUGCAAUGGCUUGGGCAUGUGUUGCGAAUGCCUGCAGAAAGGAAGGAUAAGCAACUGUUUCUUGCAAAUCCGACCGGCAGAAGGCCCAGGGGACGGCGAAGAUUAAGCUGGUGCAAACACGUGGUAGGAGUCUGUUCCAGACUGGAUUUGUCUUUUGCCGAAGCUCACACUCUGGCACAGGAUCGGGAACGUUGGAAGUACUGUCUGACGCGUCUGCCUCCACGACCCGAAAGGAGAAGCGGCGAUGGAAGAUGAAG